GUAAAAUGUGUACGUAUACAAUUAUAAUUCAUAUACAGUUGUUUGAUUGUUUGUUAGUUCGAAUAAUAUGUUCUUAAGGAAUAUAUUUGUACAUCUUUGACGAGUAAUAAAACAUAUGCAAAAUACGAAAAAUUAUACGUGUAAAUAUCCAAGUAUUCUGUAUUGCACAUUGACAGAUUAAUCAUUUUUCGAUAAGCUUUGUUUAUUUCAAAACCUCGCCUAAAGAGAGAAAGAUUGCGCAACAAUUUUUCCUUUUUUUUUUUUUUCUGUAAUUUAUAUUUAGCUGCACUUUAAAGCACGUGUAGAGAGUCUCUCAGGAAGAGUUGCAAACUCGUGACGACACACACUGGACAGUUUUUUCCUCUGUUCAAUCAAAAGCGACUAUCUUUCUGAGAAACUCUAUUGUUCAGUGGGCAGCUUUUCUUCUGUCCAAUCAGAAGCGACUGUAACGUCACGAGUUUGUGAUUUCUUCUAUUUUCUCGUGUCACAUUUUUCACAAAGAGAAUUGUGUGCGAUACAGAAUAGAAUUUUACUUUAUCAGGUGAUUUUUAAUUAAACCCGAAGGUGUGAUCGAACUCACCUUAACCGUCCUAACCUAUUUGGUGAUUUAAACAGCAGAAUUGCCAUCGAUAAAAUUUCCACACUGUAUAAAAAAAUUUGACGCUUUCUCCCUAUAUAUAAUCUGAUAUCUCUUUCCACAUAUCGCGCGAUAGAUGUACUAUCAGGUUAAGCAGAUGUAGUUUAUACAUUUUUUAAAAACUGGUGUUAAUAUAAUUCUAAAACCCGUAAAAUAUUUAUAAAUACUUAAGAUAUUACCGUGUUAUUUUACACAUAUUGGCAACUCUGAAUUCGCCGGCAAUUUGACGAUUUGUUUUCACAUUUCUCAAUUGUCAAUCGUGCGGCAGCGCAAUAUUGUAUCACAUUGCACCACAUAAUGGAAUCGAGUUAUUUUCAAAACAUCGUCAACGUCAAAUUUAAUCGAGAUUUCGAUGGGUACAUUCAGUACGGAACUGCUGGCUUUCGAACGAAAGCUAGUGUUCUGAAACACGUUCUAUACAGAAUGGGCCUUUUAGCUGUGUUAAGAUCGAAAGUAAAGAAAGCCGCCGUAGGUUUAAUGAUUACCGCAAGUCACAAUUUGGAGCACGAUAACGGCGUCAAACUUGUCGAUCCAAACGGUGAGAUGCUCGAAGCUUCCUGGGAGACGAUAGCUACGAAGUUAGUUAACGCACAAGACAGCGACCUGAUAGCUACAUUGAGUCGCAUACAAGUGGAAGAAAAUAUUGACUUGUCGGUACUAGCUACAGUGAUAAUUGGAAGAGACACGCGUAAAAGCAGUAUUUCGUUGUUACACGCCGCGAUCGAAGGAAUCACAAUCUUAAACGGCACCGUUGUGGAUCUGGGACUGGUUACAACUCCGCAACUGCAUUACGUUGUAGUGUGCACCAACACCAACGGUGCUUACGGAGAUCCGACACUACAGGGUUAUUACACGAAACUUGCAACGGUGUUCAAGAGACUAAGGAGUGCCGAGAAACACAACGGAAAAUACAGAAAUGAGAUAUUUCUGGACGUUGCGAACGGUGUUGGUGCUAUCGCGGCGAAAGAAUUGCUGAAACACAUGGGAACUGAUGCAAUGAAUGUCACUUUGUUCAACGAUGGGGAUGGAGAGUUGAAUUUGAAGUGCGGCGCGGAUUACGUCAAGGUGCAACAGGAACUACCUUUAAACGCCCCGUCCGAACCGAACGUCAGAUGCGCCAGUAUAGACGGGGAUGCCGACAGACUCGUGUACUUUUACGCAGAUCGUGAAAAUAAAUUUCAUCUUUUGGACGGCGAUCGAAUAGCGACCUUGGUGGCCGCUUAUUUCAAGGAAUUAUUAAAAACAAGCGGUUUGUCCUUAAAAUUGGGCCUGGUGCAAACCGCGUACGCCAACGGCGGUUCGACCGAUUAUAUUUCAAACGUGUUGCAAGUUCCGGUUGCGUGCGUGCCAACCGGUGUAAAGCAUUUGCACAAAAAAGCGCAGGAAUUCGACAUCGGAAUUUACUUCGAGGCGAACGGGCACGGAACUGUUGUUUUCAAAGAUGCCGCUAAAGAAACUAUCAAGAAUCAUGCCGGGAACGCUACGCUUUCGGAAACACAAAGAGAAGCCUCUACGAAGCUGAGAGACGUGAUCGAUUUGAUAAACGAAACAGUCGGCGAUGCUCUGAGCGACAUGCUGUUAGUCGAAACGAUAUUACAUGCCAAGGGCUGGGACAUUAUUGAGUGGGAAAAAAGUUACACUGAUCUACCGAAUAAGCAACUUAAGGUCCAAGUCAAAGAUAGAAAUGUUAUAACGACAACGAACGCGGAAAGAUGUUGCUUAACUCCACCUGGUUUGCAAGAAGAAAUCAACAAAGCUGUCGCGAAGUAUCCAAAGGGUCGAAGUUUUGUCAGGCCUUCUGGAACCGAAGACAUUGUGCGAGUAUACGCGGAAAGUGAGAACUCAGAAGAUGCCGACAAAUUAGCCACGGAAGUAGCUUUACUUGUGCAAAAACUUGCAGACGGUGUCGGAUUCAGUUAGAUCUUAUCGUCGCAAUAGGAUUAUUAAUAUCCGUUAUCGCACGCGAUCGUACAUGAUAAGUCGAUAAUAAUUGGAAAAUAAUUGCUCAGUUUUGAAUUCACACAUAUCACGUCUUAAACUUCAAUAUAUUUAUAAACAGAGUCUGAUAAACACAUAAAACAGUAUUAAAAGUU